UUGUUGCAGUGUGUGUCGGUAAAAUGGCUGUAUGAGCCUCGUGCUGGUGUGAUCCGUUCCUCCGCUGUAGUCUAGUUCUGUAAUAGAAACCCCCACAAAUUCCGUGUCGGUUAAAUUCAUUCCCUGGGAACACAGUUUACUGUUCAGAGUGCUUCUAAAAAGCAGUGCUAACGGUGCAGCCCGGAUUCGGUCCGGCGGUAAGGGGAGGGGAUGACUCGAGAUACGGGCAAAUGGUUGUAAAACUGUUGUAUUUACGUUUCGAUGUUUAGCGUUCGAUUGUGACUUGACUCGCCGAGAGGGAGAGAGAGAGAGAGGGGGGUUAUCAUGGCCGCUCAGGUCGCCAGCGCUACCUCUCUCAACAGCAGCCCGCCUUCCGAGCUGAAAAAAGCGGACCGAGACCCAAAGGAGGAGUCGGUACCGGCCGAGAAGCAGCAGGAAAAUAAGGAUCCGGGAUCAGAGAUCGGAUCACCGGGCCGCGGCGAGCUGCACGAGCGGCCCGAGCCUGGCAAUGCUACGGGAGGAGGAGGAGGAGGAGGGGAGUCCGAGAUGAAGAACGGCAACGGCAAUCCUCCGCGGCUCACCAAUAAUCAAAAUGAUCCUGCCGGACCCGAAGCGAAUAACCACCCGGGCAUGGCCCAUCAGCACCACGGGUCCGGUUUUCCACCGCCGUCCUACGGCUACACUCACCACUACGCACGGGGCCCUUUUCAUCAACAUGGCGGACAACAAAGCCCUGGCAUGGCAGCCGCGGCGCCCAGCAACAUGAUGGAACCGUAUGGACCGAAUUCGCACGACCACGGCUUCCCGAACCAUCAGUUCAACAGCUACGGACAAUUUCCGAACCGAGCGCCGUACCCGAGCCCGGGCUACGCCAUGAACUCUCCGCGCAGCGCUCCGGCUCAGGCGGCUAAGCAGCAGCAGCAGCAGCCAGCGGGAGGAUCUCCGACUAUGGCCGCGUCCUACAAUAAUCAGCGCUAUAAUAUUGCAAAUCCACAGGCCACGUCCACACCGACUCUAAAUCAACUCCUAACCUCGCCGAGCUCCAGCCGCGGAUACAGCAAUUACCCGCCGAGCGACUACAACAACCAGGAAGGCGCUAACAAGGGAGCCGCGGAUAUCAGUGCUGCUGCCCAGUAUGGAGGGGGCCAUCCGGGCUGGCAACAAAGGAGCCAUCACCCGCCACCCAUGAGCCCGGGAAGUACGGGUCAAACCCUCGGUAGAAACCAGACUCCGGGUUCGAUGGAUCAGAUGGGGAAGAUGCGAGGCCAGCCAUAUGGCGCGGGAAGCCCAUAUACCCAGCAGCCCCACCAAGGACCUCCAGGGGGCCAGCAGGGUCCUGCAUAUCCAGGCCAGGGUUAUGGGCCGCCUGGUCCUCAGAGAUACCCAAUGGCCAUGCAGGGUCGCAUGCAGUAUGGCCAACAGGUGGCAUACGGACAGCAGGGACCAGGUGGUUAUGGGCAGCAGGGGCAGCAGCCUUAUUACAGUCAGCAGGGCCCAGGCACUCACCCGGGUCAGCAACAGUCACCGUACCCUCACCCUACCCAGCCAUCUGCACCUCACGGACAGGGUGGCCAUCCCUACCCGCAGUCUCACAUGCCUCAGCAGUCCCAGGGGCCAUUGGGCGUGCCCCCACCUGGGCCAUCUCAAUCCCAAACUCCCUACUCUCAGCCCCCUACACCACAGUCCACUCAGUCCCCAUAUCCUCAGCAACAGACGCCCCAGUCCCAGCCUCCUCCGCAGGGAGCCUCUCAAGCUCCUCCAGCAUCACAGGCGCAGUCCAACUAUACUCACAGCCAAGGAGCCCAGCAACCACCAUCACAACAGACCCCGCAAGCACCUACGCCAGCCUCCCAGCAGCCCACAGUGCAAGGGCAGACUUCCUCAUAUUCCCAGAAUCCUUCGCAGCAGCAGCAGUCUUCUUAUCAGCGUUUUCCUCCCCCUCCUCAGGAGAUUUCCCAGGAAUCCUUUAGCUCACAGUCCAGUGCUACUGCCUCCAGUCAGCCUGUGGCCUCCACUAAAAGCUCCUCCGAGGACAUGCAGGGACGACCCUCCAGUCUACCUGAUCUGUCAGGCUCUAUUGAUGACCUGCCCACUGGUACAGAGGGAGCGCUCAGUCCUGGCGUUAGUACAUCUGGAGUGUCUAGCAGUCAGGGCGAACAGAGCAACCCAGCACAGUCUCCGUUUUCCCCUCACACUUCCCCUCAUCUCCCGGGCAUCCGUGGACCUUCACCCUCCCCUGUCGGCUCACCUGCUAGUGCCACAGCAUCCCGCUCUGGACCCCUCUCUCCAGCAGCAAUGCCAGGAAACCAGAUGCCUCCCCGGCCCCCUAGUGGUCAGUCUGAUGGUAUUUUGCACCCUGGUAUGAAUCAGCCUGGCAUGGGCCAAGAUAGAGGAUUCAUGCAAAGGAACCAAAUGCCACCUUAUGGCUCUCCUCAGUCUGGCUCUGCGUUGUCACCUCGGCAAUCGUCUGGAGGUCAGAUGCAUGGUGGAAUGGGACCUUUUCAGCAGAAUAACUCAAUGGGCAGCUAUGGGCCUCAGGGUGGCCAAUAUGGCCCACAAGGUUACCAAAGGCAACCAGGUUAUGGUGGCAUACCCAAUGCCAACUACCCAGGCCCUGGCAUGGGAGGAUCUAUGAAUCCUAUGUCUGGACAGGGGGGAGGCCCACCUUUUACUGGAAUGCCACCAAGUAGGAUGCCACAUGCACAGAUGGGUGGACGACCAUAUGGUCCUAAUAUGGGGCCCAACAUGGGUCCUAACAUGGGCCCCAAUAUGGGCAAUAUACCACCACAGGUUGGUUCUGCGAUGUGCCCUCCACCAGGCCUCAACAGGAAGCCACAAGAAGCAGCAGCUGCCAUGCAGCAUGGAUCUACCAAUUCCAUACACAACAGGAUGCCUGGUUAUCCCAGCAUGUCUCCUGGUAUGAUGGGCUCAGGACCUCCAUAUGGGCCCUCCAUGAACAAUAUGCCAGGAAUGAUGAACACCCAGGGACCACCCUUCCCCAUGGGUGGAAACAUGCCAAACAACAGCAGUGGUAUGUCCCCUGGUCCAGAAUUUGGUAUGGAUGGGAAACUCAGCCAGCCACAAAAGAUGAAUAACAAGGCUGAAGGGACACCCAAGUCAGACUCCAAAUCCAAGAAGUCAAGCUCCUCCACCACAACCAAUGAGAAGAUCACUCGUCUGUAUGAGCUUGGUUCUGAGCCAGAACGGAAGAUUUGGGUGGACCGUUACUUAGCGUUCAUUGAGGAGAAGGCAAUGGGCAUGAGCAACCUGCCUGCCGUAGGCCGCAAGCCCCUCGAUCUCUUCCGCCUUUACAUGUCUGUUAAGGAAAUUGGAGGUCUCACACAGGUCAACAAGAAUAAAAAGUGGCGAGAACUUGCCACCAGUCUGAAUGUUGGCACAUCCAGCAGUGCAGCUAGCUCACUAAAGAAGCAGUACAUCCAGUGUCUGUAUGCUUUUGAAUGCAAGAUUGAGCGUGGAGAAGAUCCACCACCUGACAUCAUGUCUGCAGAGGGCAAGAAGAACCAGGCUAAGGUCCAGCCACCCUCCCCAGCUGGAUCUGGUUCCCUGCAGGGACCUCAGACCCCCCAGUCCACAAGCAGUUCUAUGGCUGAGAGUGGGGAUUUGAAGCCUCCUACACCUGCUUCUACCCCACAUAGCCAGAUGCCCUCAAUGCAAAGUGGCAGGAGCAGUGUGAACCUUCAGGAUCCAUUUGCUGAUGGCAGUGACCCAGCAUUCUCUAGGAGAAACACCAUGACUCCCAACUCAGGCUACCAGUCUGGCAUGAGCACUCCGGAGAUGCCUGGCCGCAUGGGCCCUUAUGAGCCCAACAAGGACCCAUUUAGUGGCAUGCGUAAAGUUGGAGAGCCUUUCAUGGCUGGUGCACAGGGUCCUAACAGCAACCUUGGAGAGCAGUUUAACCGUGGAUCAGGAGGUCCAGUUGGGAAUAUGCCCAUGGGACAGAGGCAGCAGUAUCCAUAUGGAACAGGCUAUGAGAGAAGGCCAGAAUCAGGGAUGGGCCCAGAAAAUAAUAUGGGACCUGGAGUACCACAGCCAAACAUGAUGCCUUCCAACACUGACACUGGGAUGUACUCGCCGAAUCGCUACCCAUCGCAGCAACAGCGGCACGAUUCCUAUGGUAAUCAGUUUCCUGGCCAGGGUGCGCCUCCUGGUGGCUCGUACCCAAAUCAGCAACCAGGAAUGUUUCCACAGCAACAGACUAACUACAAGAGACCAGGGGAGGGAGGCUACCCUCCAGCAAAGCGCCAUCAUGAUGGUGAAAUGUAUGGCGGGCCAUUUGGUGCUCAGCAGCCACAGCAGCAGCCUCAGGCUCCUCCUAAUGCUCCUUCAGCAGCUCAGCCAGAAAUGUACAACCAGUUCAGCAGCUCUUACCCUGGACCAGAGCGGCGGCCUCCUGGACCACAAAACCAGUUCCCUUUCCCUUUUGGAAGGGAUCGCAUGCAGCCUGGCUCAGGCCCCAACUCUCAAGCGUCCAUGCCACCUCAGAUGAUGGGCAGCUCCAUGCAGUCAGGUCCUGAUGGCCCCCAGGCUGGUAUGUGGCAGGGCAGAAAUGAGAUGGGCUACCCCAACUAUCCAAACAGACAAGGACCCCUUGGUGGACCUGCGCAGGGCCCAGGAUAUCACGGCAUGAACCGAUCCGAAGAGAUGAUGUCAUCUGAGCAGCGUAUAAACCAUGAAGGACAGUGGCCAGGGCCAAGGCAGCCUGCGUACGUCCCAGCGGGGGCUGGGCCACCCAUGAGCCGCCCCCUGCAGUCCAACUACCAGUCUCCACAAGCCAUGCAGAACCACAUUCCACAGGUGUCCAGCCCCACUCCCAUGCCCCGGCCAAUGGAGAGCAGGACAUCCCCAAGUAAAUCUCCCUACAUGCCCAGCAACAUCAAGAUGCAGAAGGCAGGUCCACCUGUGCCCGCGUCCCAUAUCAUCCCUUCACCUGUACAGCCUCCAAUGAUGAGGAGAGAUCCUCCGUUCCCUCCAGGGUCUGUAGAGGCCACACAGCCUGUUCUCAAGCCACGCAGGCGACUCACCAUGAAAGAGAUUGGCACACCAGAGGCAUGGAGGGUGAUGAUGUCUCUAAAAUCGGGUCUGUUAGCUGAGAGCACAUGGGCUUUAGACACCAUUAACAUCCUGCUGUAUGAUGACAACAGUAUCUCCAAUUUUAACCUCAUUCAGCUCCCUGGUUUCCUGGAACUAAUAGUGGAGUAUUUUAGACGUUGCCUCAUUGAGAUCUUUGGCAUUCUGAGGGAAUAUGAAGUUGGUGAUCCAGGACAGAGAACCCUGCUAGACCCCAAUGCUCUCAAAGAAGGAGAAAAUGGGGAGGAUGAAGAGGAGCCAGUUGUAAUGGGUAUGGAGGAAGACGGUGAAACCGAGGAGGAGGGUGAAGGGGAAGAAAACUCAUCACAGCAGCGUGUGGAACGUGCCUCAGCAGUGCAGCCUCAGAUAAAGACGGAGAAGAAGGCGGGUGACUCAAAGAAAGAUGAAGAUGGCAAAGUGAUGGAAAACAUUCUGCCUACAGAGCUAAAAUCAACAGAAGCACCCCCUCUAGAUCUUUGUGUGACUCAGGAGAGGCCAAAACAGGCCAGCAAGUUUGACAAACUUCCCUUGAAAGUGGUGAAAAAGAAGGAUCCAUUUGUGGUAGACUGCUCCAGCAAGCUCGGACGGCUUCAGGAGUUUGACAGUGGUCUGGUGCACUGGAGUAUUGGUGGAGGUGACACUACAGAGCAUAUUCAGACCCAUUUUGAGAGCAAGACAGAUUUAUUGCAGUCAGGGAACAGGACAAAGCCUACCCAAACGUGUAGAAGGAAAAAAGCAUCAGAGAAGAUUGAGUGUGAGGCACCCGUAGUACCCUCAUGUAGUGUGGAGCGAAGGAAAGAGGAGGAGCAGACACAACCACAGCAGUCUUCUACCAGACAGUUAACCGAUGGUGUCUCAGAAGAAAAGGAGGAGAAACCUGUCAAAGUCCCUGAGUCUUCAAUGGAACCAGUAUCACAGAAAGAGGAAGAGGAACCAGAAGGAUCAAACCAGGAGACCAGCAAGUUGGCUCUCCUCAACAUCAGUACUUCCUCACAGAGUCAGCAUUCUGUCACUGUUCUAGAGGAUGAACCUCACAGCAAGGACGAAGCCCCACUAAUCACGCUUUCAGACUGGCAGGACUCACUUGCCCGCCGCUGUGUCUGCGUCUCCAACAUAGUCCGCAGUCUUUCGUUUGUUCCUGGCAAUGACUUGGAGAUGUCCAAGCAUCCAGGGCUGCUUCUGCUGUUGGGCCGCCUUGUGCUCCUUCAUCAUCGUCAUCCUGAGCGUAAACAGGCCCCUUUAACGUAUGAGAAGGAGGAAGAGGCAGACAAGGACAUUGGCGAGAAGGACGAAUGGUGGUGGGACUGUUUGGAGCUGCUGCGAGAGAACUGCCUGGUCACGCUGGCUAACAUUUCAGGUCAGCUUGACUUUUCUAUCUACUCCGAGAGCAUCUGCUUGCCUCUGCUUGAUGGCUUGCUCCACUGGGCUGUGUGUCCUUCUGCAGAAGCCCAGGAUCCCUUCCCUACUUUGGGGCUUAAUGCAGCUUUAUCUCCUCAGAGACUGGUCCUGGAAACUCUCAGCAAACUCAGUAUCCAAGACAAUAACGUGGACCUUAUUCUGGCAACACCUCCGUUCAGUCGACUAGAGAAGCUUUUUGGGAACCUUGUACGUCUGGUUGGGGACCGAAAGGUGCCUGUAUGCCGGGAGAUGGCAGUUGUGCUUUUGGCCAACCUUGCCCAGGGUGACAGCCUUGCAGCCCGUGCCAUUGCGGUACAAAAAAGCAGUAUAGGGAACCUUUUGGGCUUCCUUGAGGACAGUUUAGCAGCCACACAGUUCCAACAGAGCCAAGGGUCCCUGCUGCACAUGCAGGGGGCGCACUUUGAACCUACAAGUGUGGACAUGAUGCGUCGGGCUGCUCGGGCUCUACAUGCCCUUGCUAAGGUGGAGGAGAACCACUCGGAGUUUACACUCUAUGAGUCGCGGCUACUGGACCUCUCGGUCUCCCCUCUUAUGAACUCUUCAGUGUCCCAUGUCAUCUGUGAUGUACUGUUUCUGAUUGGCCAGUCAUGACAGCUGUGGGGAGCGGUGGCUCCACCUUCUCUGGUUUUUGUUCUCUCCUCUCCUCCUGUGUCCUUGGUGUGCAGGGAAUGAAAAGCAGAGAAAUGACUUUCCCCCCCUUUUUUAUUUUUAUUUAUGCAAGGAUUUCACCCUUUGGUCCUUUUUUGCUGUGUCUCACUUUGGGGAGGUUAUCACGAAUUAGCUGUGGAUCAUAAACCAGAGCCUCAAGAAAUUAAAAAAAAAAAAAUGACACAAACUGUAAACUCUGCCAACUAACUGAUACGGCCAGGGACCCCAGGUUUUAUGUGCUGCCCAGUGGGGGAAGGGUGGGUUACUUUUUUAUAUCAAAAUAAAUAAAUGAAUAAAAUAAAUAGCAGAGAACCUUUUGACCAAAGUUGCUGUCUCGUUUACAGUGAGUUUGGGGUUAACCGUGCCCUUGCUCUCCACUAAAGGGCGAAUUGAGUACACAUCUCUGGUAUUUGAGUCUGAUUAGAUGAGUGAACACUUUGUUGGUGUUGUAGGUGUUGUGAUGCUGCACGUUCAACCCCGAAGGAGCCACUUCUCAGCCUUGAGCAGGAUACCCUUACAAUGGAAGCCUGUGCAGUAGAUUGUAGACAUUUUCUGUACAGCUCUGUAACCCUUUUCCUUAUGACUGUAAACACUGCAGCACUGUUUCAUGUGGAGAAAUCUUGGCUCAGCAGCUCCACUCUUGUUUUUAAACAGUUUUUAAACUUUAGUUUGAUGGUAAAGAGAGAAAGGCUUUCUCCCCAAAGUAUUGAGAACCUUGGACACCCUUACCGCCUCUCUUUAACCCCUUGAUUGUAUGACAUGACCCUUAUAAAGAAAUCGCCUCCUAGGACUGAUUUUGAACUAAGAUACAGCCCAUGCUAUGAUGUAUAUAAGAUGUUGUACAUUACACUUUUUUUCCCCCCUCUGUCUCUCUUUCUCACCCUGUCUUUCACUCUUAUGCUUCUCACUUGUCUAUGAAGAAUGAAAGCGGACACUCAAGUUGGAUUCAUAGCAUAAAAUCUUUAGAUAUAUAAACAGAACCACCUUUUGGCCUCCCCACAGUUUCUCCAUAGUACAGCAAACAAAUAUUUUAAUUUCUUCUCCUGGUACAAAAUAAACUCUAGAUGAAGAAACACAGUUGAGAUAUUUUUUUUUUCUCCAGUGACAUGAACUCUUCAUAUUUGUAUUUCAGACUAUGUAGCUAAAGCGUAAUGUAAAUUCCUCCUUUUCCCCCUUUUUGGCUCAAUGAAUAUCAUUUAUUCAGUAUGAAAUCUUUAUACUAUAUGUUCCAUGUGGUAAGAAUAAAUGUACAUUAAAUCUU